GCGAAGUCGGCGCAGGGUAGAUCGGAAUUGAAGUAUUGACUACGUCCAAAGAUACCCCGCGACUUGACUACCGGGACUCAUCUCCGACCGAAGCUUCUCCAUCGGGGGAGCAGUUCCGAAACCGCUUGCUUAAGCAUACAACUAUUUCACCAUUGAGCCAGUGAAUGAGUGUUACCACUGACAAAACUCUUCUUGGAACCAUCAUUCAUCAUCCAUCAUGUUCGCUCUGAGACGCACAAUGGCUACUAUGGCCCCUCAAGCUACGUCUACCCUCAAGCAAGCCGGCAAGGUUGUCUGCAUCGGCCGCAACUUUGCGGAGCAUAUUGCUGAGCUGAACAACACCAAACCCAAGCAGCCCUUCUUCUUCCUGAAGCCUACGUCUUCCAUUGUCCUACCAGGCGAGGGCCCCGUCCUGAGGCCCAAGGGCAUUGACAUGCACUAUGAGGUUGAGUUGGCUCUGGUUAUUGGAAAGCUCACCCGAGAUCUUCAAGCCUCUGAUACACAGGGAGCUCUUGAUGCUAUCAAAGCUUACGCUAUCGCCAUUGACUUCACCGCCCGCAACGCCCAGAACGAGGCCAAGAAGAAGGGACUCCCGUGGGACAUCGCCAAAGGUUUCGAUACUUUCCUGCCUCUGAGCAACAUCAUCCCCAAGACUGCCAUUGAGGACCCUCACAAUGUUGAGCUCUUCCUCCAGCUUAAUGGUGAGACCAAGCAACAGGGCUCAACCAACCUCAUGAUCUACCAGAUUCCUCGUAUCUUGAGCGACAUCUCCAAGGUUAUGACUCUCCACCCCGGAGAUAUUGUCCUUACUGGAACACCUGCCGGUGUUGGUCCUGCUGUACCGGGUGAUGUUGUUCGCGCGGGUGUGAGAUUUGAUGGAAAGGAGCUGGAGGAGGGUGCCAUUGAGAUUCCCGUGGAGGAAUCGCCUAGCUCGUAUAGCUUUGCUGAGACUUAAAAAGAUGAACUAGUUUAAGUGAGUUGUAU